CAAUUGAAAGAGUUUUCGGCAACGCCCCGAUCGGACCGCCAGGUUUAACUUUUCUUCAGUCUUAGCUGAACGGCUCGCUGCAACGAACGUGUUUUUCUGCCUGCAGUGAAACGAAUAAUAUUAAAAACGAAUUUAGAAAUUAAGUGUUGAACGAAAACGAGUGAAAAAAUGCGCUUCAAACUGUUUGUGGUUUGUGCGCUGGCCUGUGGCUUCAUGGCCUACGUCCUGGCCAACGAAAACAUAUCCACCGAGGAGGACCUGGACUAUCAGGUUAUCAACGCAGUGCCCCAAAUCGUAACGAAUCCAAAACCAUCCCAGCCCGCCAAGCCCAAAACGGACACCGAAUUCGUGGAGGUGGUGAAGGAUGUGCCCAAAACGACGACAAAACCGAAACCCAGUACGAGCCCCACCCCGAAGCCCACUCCCGGUGGCCAGCGGAUGAUACCUGUGGUGCAUGUCACCAGCCGCGGAACCGACGAUGUCCUCACCGUGGCAGGAUUGAAACCACAGAAGCAGUUCGGAGCUCUAGUCAUGCCAGACGAGUACAUGGGCGAGUUGAUAGAUAUCAACACUGGUUACAAUUGGGAUCCCAACAAUAAUGUCGCUCCGCCUGGAUCGCCUUCGACUGCUGCGGGGGGAUACACCAUCACUCCCGCCCGAUUGGCAGAGCUUCGGAGCAACUUCAUGUACUGGUUCUUCGACAAGGACACGAAAGGGGGACGUGGUGAUUACCAGUUUGAUAUCCACGCCUCGAUGACGCAGCUCCACAAGAAUCUUAACUUCCAAAUGCCUUUCUACGGAUUCCGUUUCAACUACACAAGGCUCUCCCUCAAUGGUUAUUUGGAGUUCUCCGAUCCCCCAGAGUACCUGACCUAUCCCCUCGUCUUCCCGAUUAAGGACUGGCCCACCAAGCGGGAUCCCUCGUUCAUGGGCAUCUUCUUCAGCAAGUGCCGUGUCGGACGCAUCUAUCCCUCGGAUAUUGACCAGCGCACACCCGGUGUUUACUUCCGCGUGGAACGUGAUCUGAUGGGACGGACGGACCAGAUGGGCGUGGAGGUGCGGGAGCGCACCAUGUGGGAUAUCCGGCAGGGCGUGGUGGGCGCUGAGACUUUUGUACCCAAGCACGUGGUGAUCGCCACCUGGAAGAACGUGUCCUUUGCCGGUGGCAUUGACAACUCCCUCUUCAUGACAAACACAUUCCAAAUGGUUGUGGCCACUGACGAAGUCUACACCUACCUCAUCUACAACUAUGCCGUGCUGAACUGGUUGUCCCAUACUGAGGCAGGAGGAGAUACCACCACAGGAGCGGGUGGUGUGCCAGCAUUCGUCGGUUUCAAUGCUGGCAAUGGCACUCAGGCCUACGAGUACAAGCCCUACAGCCAGAACAUGGUAAUACGAGAUCUGGCCAACAGGGGAUGGGCCAACGGAUUCCCAGGACGUCAUAUUUUCCGAGUGGACGAGCAGAUUUUGAUUGGCUCUUGUAAUAAGGACAUAGAUGCCGCUCUGUUGCCUCUGACCUUUGCUCCCGAAUCUGGCAACAUGUUGGGUGGUCAGGUGGUUAACAUCACAGGUCCCUGCUUCGAUCCAAACGUCCGGGUGACAUGCCACUUCGAUACGGAAUCCGUACUGGGCACCUAUGUGGACACGAACCGCGUUAUUUGCGUGCAACCGUUCUUGAAGGCCGAAGGCUAUAUCCGAUUCCAGAUCUCCGUCGGCACCCAGCGGUUCAAGUGGCGCGGCAAGUACUUUGUGGAGACACCGGCCGCCGCCACCGAGAAGAUCUUUUUCACCACCGACGACGUGUACAAGAAGAACCCCAGCGAGAUCAAGAUCACCUGGAUCCCGUACAAUUUGACCACGAAUAACAAUGCUAAUGUGAUGAUCUCGCUUUGGGGUUACCGGGAGACAAAGAUCGAGCCGCAGUUGGAAUACAUCGAUGUAAUCGAGCCUAGUUAUUCGAAUUCGGGCAGUUAUGUAAUCACACCGUCGAACUACUUGAAUCGGAAGAACGUCAACCGCGACAUGCAGUUCGGAUUCUUGCAAAUCAACCUCACCCAGCCGGAUCAGUACUCUGGCCUCUCCAUCAGCCCAGUCCUGUGGUCCCGACCAGUUCCAUUGGCCUGGUACAUGGCACCCCAGUGGAAGGAGCAGCACGGAAUACAGUGGCCGCGGGCUCUUUGCGAUAAUUGGCUUCGCUCGGACCGAUUCCUGAGGAACUUUGCUGCUGACCUGCCCCUAUGCCCCUGCACUCUGGACCAGGCUGUCCUGGACAAAGGACGCUACCGACCGGAUCGAGAGUGCGACAAGGACUCGAACCCCAGUUGCCUCAGGCAUCGUGGCGCCAUUCAUUGCGUGGUCAGUGGAACGCCAGUUGCCCAAGGAGCUGAACAGCAGUGCUGCUACGAUCGCUAUGGCUACCUUAUGCUGACCUACGACCAGAUGUGGGGCUCCCGACCCCGUCGCGUCCACAACCUGGGCAAGAUGCCCUGGAACGAGGCCAGCAAAGUGCCCUCGCUGUCCAUGUGGUUCCACGACAUGCGUCCCUUCUACUCCUGCUGUGCCUGGCAAGAGGAACAGGCCGUCGGAUGCGAAACCUAUCGCUUUGAGCGUCGUCCUUCGCAGGAUUGUGUGGCCUACCAGGCGCCUGGUAUCGCCGGCGUAUUCGGUGACCCUCACUUCGUAACCUUUGACGGCACGGCGUACACUUUCAAUGGCCUGGGAGAGUUCGUCCUGGCCCGUAGUAUAGACGAGAGCAACCGCUUUGAGGUCCAGGGACGAUUCCAGCAGCUACCAUCUAACUAUUACGGCGAUGUCCAGGCCACCCAGUUGACGGCAGUGGCGAUGCGCGGAAACACCACCACCACCAUUGAGGUACGUUUGCGUCCACUGCACGCCAGGUGGCGCUACCGCCUGGAUGUCCUGGCCGACGGUCGUCGGGUGUACUUCGAUCGCGAGAGUCUCAAGUUCCAGCACUUUGACGGUGUAACCGUCUACACUCCUACCUACCUGCUCAACCAGUCCCAGGUGGUGGUGCAAUUCGAUGCCGGCAUUGGUGUAGAAGUGGUGGAGAACGAAGGAUUUAUGACAGGACGCGUUUUCCUGCCCUGGAAUUUCAUUAACAAAACGGCAGGACUCUUUGGCAACUGGAGUUUCAACAAGCUGGAUGACUUUGUCCUGCCCAACGGACAGGUUGCUACGAUAAAUACCAACGAUCUGCGCAGCAUCCACACCAACUUUGGCCUCAAAUGGAUGCUCACGGACCGGGAUGUGCCCGGAGUGGGAGCGGCUCUCUUUACCCGCGAAUUCGGACGGAUGUCUAGUUACUACGCCAAUUCCACUUUCCAGCCGAACUACGUGCUUGAUCCGGCGGACUUCCUGCCCGGAAAUCGAAGCUACGACGCGGAACGGGCUGAGGAGUUGUGCGGCGAAUGUUUGCAGUGUCAGUACGAUUAUGCAAUGACCUUGAAUCGGGAUUUGGCGCACUUUACCAAGAACUACUACGACACUAUAGUCAAUAUGCAGGCAGAAAAUGCUCAGCGCGUUGUAUCCUGUGGUGUCCUGCAAACUCCCCGAUUUGGUCGCAAGCUAAGCUUUGACUUUAUGCCGGGUGCCAAGGUGUCCUUUGAGUGUAACGAGGGCUUCAUUCUGCUGGGUGAUCAGAGGAGAGAGUGCCUCUCCAAUGGCCUUUGGAAUGUACCUGAGUAUGGUUACACGGAAUGUUUACGUGAGGUGUACUACACGCGUCGCAUCGCUUUCAUUGCAAUUGGCAUUAUCUUCCUGGUGAUCUGCCCCCUGAUGCUCUGCAUCGUCUGCGGCGUCUACCGCUACCGCCAGAAGCAGCUGAAGGAGGACCCCCAUUGGCAGAUGCCCGUUCUGCCCCGGUCCCGGGCCAGCUCUGCUCGCAAUCUGAGGACCCUGAACUAUGACGACGAUAGCGAUACGGAUGCCAGCACUUUGAAGAAAACUAAGAAAUGGGAUCUGGAUGAGAACGACGAGGAUGUAACCUCAUCCGAAGGUGAGAAGCCGAAGCAGUCGGGUCGCCGCUCCCUGCGAGCCUCUGGAACGGACUUGGAUCAGCAUCAGAACCACGAUCAUGAAGAUCACGAGGACGACGAUGACUUUGACGAGGCGGACGUUCACACGGGCACCAUUCAUCCGGCCGGAUACCACCAGCCCCUGUCGCCGGAGGAAGCUGAUCAGCUGCACCGCCAGCAGUACAGCCCCGCCUUCAGUGGCCUGGACAGCCGCACGAGCGGCGCCAGCUCCAUAAAUUACACUCCCCAGGCGGCGACUCAGAACCGCUUUGGUGGAGUCCCGGUCCUCCCCAGCAAUACCCAGUACUACAGCCGUCCGCCCUCCGGAGUGCCCACCGCCACGGCCACCCCCCUCCGGACAGCACCUACGCCGUUGACGCAAGAAAGCGGCCUGCCGUCGCCCCCGCUGGCCACUUCACCUACCCCCUCCGUCCAGAAGUCCACGGAGGUUUAAAUCACGCACCACUCAUCCACCCAUUCCAAAUGAAAACACCAAAAACCACCCAUUAGCUGCAAAGUUCAAAUACUAAGAGCCAGAAUAUAAUGAUUAUUUUUAAGUUCAGUUCAUUGCACAAUAAUUUUGACCCCUGACCUCUACCAUAAUCUUUGUUUUAUUGUUUUUUUGCCCAUGACCCUAAAAUAUAUUUGCACUUUUUGUAAAUAAUAGUUACAGCCUCAACUCAAGCCAAAAAUGUAGUAACAAGUUCCAAAGCAUUCAACAUUUAUCCCCCCAUCCUUCCUGGUAAAGGACAAUCAUCAUUUAUGUAUUGAAUAAAACCAAACACUUGUUUUUAGUAAUUUACAUAUAAA